AUGGAGGAGCAAGUGAAGCAGCUGGAGAAGAAAAUCGAAGAACAAGCCAGCAAUAUGCAGGCAUUGAUGCAGAUGGUGCGGGAACUCAAGGAGGGUGGAGGAAGCAAUAUGGAUUCUCAAAGGAAUAGCAAUGGAGGUACUCUUAAUCGACCUCAAGGUAUGGUUCCUAAAAUCCAGUUCCCCACAUUUGAUGGAUCUAAUCCAAGAAUUUGGAUCAAGAAAUGUAGUAGAUAUUUUAGUUUGUGCAAGAUUGCUAAUGAAGUUAGGGUGGAUUUAGCUUCUCUAUACAUGAUUGAUAAAGCUGAGAGUUGGGUGUCUAGCUACUUGUCUGUUAGAAAGAAUGUCGAUUGGGAUGAUUUUAUAAUUGAUGUCACUCCUAGAUUCAAGGAUGGGAAGGGUAUAAAUGUUGUUGAACAAUUCAAUAAGUUGCAACAAGAUGAUAAUCUUGAAGAUUAUAUUGAUAAGUUUGAGGAUUUGAGGUCAGUUUUGCUGCAAAAUGGUCAUUGUUUAUCUGAGGAGUACAUUCUUGAAUGUUUUGUGGGUGGUUUGAAGUUUGCCAUUAAACCAUUUGUGAGAGCCUUUAACCCUUCUUCAAUAACUGAAGCUGUUGGGUAUGCAAGAUUACAGGAAGAACAGUUAGUUGCUUAUUCUUCCAAACCUGCAGCAAAGCCUUUUCAAAAUUACCAAAACACCAAACAGUACACACCAAACACAUAUAAACCUCCCCUGUUACCUACACCACAUACUAAACCAACUUCACAAGUCCUAACCAAAUUUCAACCUAGACCCUUUAAACACAUUCCAGCUGAUGAGUAUUCUGAUGAAUGUGAUGAAGACAGUUUGAUUUGUGACAGUGAGCCUAGAAUUUCUAUGAAUGCUUUGUCAGGUAAUCAGAGUUUUCAUACUAUGAGAGUAGUUGGUAUGAUGAAUGGGAAGCCCUUACAUAUUGUGAUUGAUUCUGGAAGUACUCAUAACUUCCUGGAUUUGACUUUAGCUACCAAGUUGGGCUGUCAAGUGGAGAAAAUUAGUCCUCAAUCAGUUACAGUGGCUGAUGGGAACCACAUUGCUUGUCAGCAUAAGUGUUCCAAAUUUGAAUGGGUGAUGAAUAAGAGAAACUUUGAGGCAGAAGUUAUGCUUAUUUCUUUGGGAGGUUGUGACAUGGUGUUGGGAGUUCAAUGGCUGAGGAUUCCACCUAAGAAAGUACAGGUAGUUGAUGGAAAACCUGAUGCUAAGGUAUUAGCUAAUGCAGCUCAUUUGUGUUUGUUACAAGUGGUGGAUAUGGAUAUAGGUUCUUUGGAAUCUGAAUGUAUUCUGUCUUCAAAUGAGCUUGACUGUAGUUCAGUUUCUGAGUUACAAGAUCUUAAGGAUCAAUUCAGUGAUAUUUUUGCUGAUCCUGCAGAGCUGCCACCCCUUAGAGGUGUCUUUGACCAUAAGAUUCCUCUAGUUCCUAAUGCUAGUCUUGUCAAUAUAAGGCCUUAUAGAUAUCCAUUAAAACAAAGAGAUGUGAUUGAGCAACUUAUUCAAGAAAUGGUUGAUAGAGGGAUAGUUCAAAAUAGCUCAAGUCCUUUUGCUUCACCUGUGGUGUUGGUGGGUAAGAAAGAUGGAACAUGGGUGCUAUGUGUGGACUACAGGGAGCUAAACAAGAGAACUGUCAAGGAUAAAUUUCCAAUUCCAGUUGUGGAAUAA